ACAACAACAACCACAAUACCGUGCGACGCAGCGCGCAUGCGCCCAACAACACUACCCAACCAGUGUCGACCCCAGCCAUCUAUUAUGCUUCUUCGCAAUAAAAGCUACCCGAAAAUCUGCAAGGAAAACGCUACCGGAGCCGCUUGGAGUGAAACGUGCUGACACUCAGGUCCUGAGAUGGGAUGUGUGUGUCGAGGUGGGACUAAGGAGCAGCAAGAGGAUCAUUGUAACUGAGCUAAGAGACAUACAAACGUCAUUCAAGCAACUUCUUCCCCUUAACUGAGCAGUAUGUCGGUAGUCACAACCCCUGCCCAGGUGCCUCCACCUAUUGUGAACCCUCCCCCUCCUGAGGUCACGAACUCCAGUAAGCCUGGCCGAAAGACCAACCAGCUACAAUAUAUGCAGAAUGUGGUUGUGAAGACUCUAUGGAAGCAUCAGUUUGCGUGGCCCUUUUACACACCUGUGGAUGCCAUCAAAUUGAAUCUGCCAGACUACCAUAAAAUUAUCAAGAAUCCAAUGGACAUGGGAACCAUAAAGAAGCGACUUGAGAAUAAUUACUAUUGGACUGCUGGAGAAUGCAUGCAGGAUUUUAACACUAUGUUCACAAACUGUUAUAUCUAUAACAAGCCCACAGAUGACAUUGUUCUCAUGGCUCAAGCCUUGGAAAAGGUUUUCCUCCAAAAGGUAGCUCAGAUGCCCCAGGAGGAGGUGGAACUUUUACCCCCACCACCGAAGGGUAAAGCACGGAAACCUGGAGCCCCCCCUGCUUCAGAAAACCAACAGUCAAUAGCACUGACUACUGGUUCACCAUCCUCGUCAUGUCCGAGCUCCCCUCCUCAGCUGGCUCAGACUCCUGUAAUAGCUGCGACUCCAGUCUCGACCAUCACCUCCAAUGUCCAAGCUGUGCCCCCUGCCACGUCCAUGAUCCCAACUGCACAGCCUGUUGUCAAAAAGAAAGGGGUGAAGCGGAAAGCAGACACUACCACACCCACAACCUGCGCGAUCACUGCCAGCAGAAGUGAGUCGCCCACUGCGAUGUUGGAGUCCAAACACAGUAAAGUCAUUUCCAGACGAGAGAGCACAGGUCGACCCAUCAAACCUCCAAAAAAGGACCUGGAAGAUGGGGAUGUCCAACAACAAGGCAACAAGAAAAACAAGCUCAAUGAUCAUCUCAAAUACUGUGACACUAUCCUUAAAGAGAUGCUUUCCAAGAAGCAUGCGGCCUACGCCUGGCCCUUCUACAAGCCUGUAGAUGCAGAGGCCCUCGAGCUGCAUGAUUAUCAUGAAAUCAUCAAGCAACCAAUGGACCUCAGCACUGUCAAAAAAAAGAUGGACAAUCGAGAAUACCAAGAUGCCCAAAGUUUCGCAGCAGAUAUUCGGUUAAUGUUCUCAAAUUGUUACAAAUACAACCCACCCGAUCACGAGGUCGUUGCCAUGGCAAGAAAACUCCAGGAUGUGUUUGAGAUGAAAUUCGCCAAGAUGCCCGAUGAACCUGCAGAGCCGUCCUCGCCCAGUGCGGUAUCAGCCACGGCAGUGGUGAGCAAGAGCACCGGCAGCAGCGAGAGCAGCGCCGACUCUUCCAGCUCCAGCUCCGACUCGGAGGAGGAACGGGCCACUCGGCUGGCUGAGCUGCAGGAACAGCAAUUCGCUGUGGAGCACCCCAAUGGUAACAGGGCGGGGACAAAAAACGGGUGUGCCAAACAUUUUCAGCUGAAGGCUGUUCAUGAACAGCUAGCCGCUCUGUCACAGGGUCCUGUGAGCAAACCAAAGAAAAAGAAAGAGAAGAAAGAAAAAGAGAAGAAGAAAAAAGACAAAGAAAAGGACAAAGACAAAAACAAGGCCAAGGUGGAAGAUGACAAAAAGGCCAAGCCCUCACAACCGAAUAAGCAAACUCCGCAGAAGAAGACCUCUGCGCGGAAACCCAACAGCACAUCCACCACGAGGCAACCGAAAAAGGGGGGCAAACCUGGCUCUGCAAACUACGAGUCUGACGAGGAGGAGUCUCUUCCCAUGUCUUAUGAUGAGAAACGACAGCUCAGCCUGGAUAUCAACCGUCUGCCGGGUGAGAAACUGGGCCGCGUGGUCCACAUCAUCCAGUCGCGUGAGCCCUCGCUGCGAGACUCCAACCCAGACGAGAUCGAGAUCGACUUUGAAACGCUCAAGCCUUCCACGUUGCGUGAGCUCGAACGAUACGUCAAGUCGUGUUUACAGAAAAAGCAACGCAAACCUUUACCGGGCACUGGGAAAAAGAGUGCCAAGUCUAAAGAGGAACUGGUUCAGGAAAAGAAGAAAGAGUUAGAAAAGAGGCUACAGGACGUGAGCGGACAACUGAACAACAACAAGAAACCACCUAAAAAAGCAGAGAAGGCGGGGUCAGCGCAGGGGGGCGGCCCAUCUCGGCUGAGUGGCAGCAGCAGUUCUUCAGAUUCGGGCAGCAGCAGCUCCAGCGGCUCCAGCUCCGAGAGCAGUGACUCAGACUGAACUCCAAUCGGCGCGCGUCACAUACUUCAACCUCCUCUAUUUUCUAACGAGUAGUGUGUGUUGUCAUGAUAGUAUCUCUCUGAAGGCCCGUUUUAUAAAGAACUAGACGCAUUGCAGAUGGCAGAGGAUAUUUUAAAAUAGUUUGUAGGAUGCUCUUGGCUCAGACAAAGAGGAGAGUUGGAAUAGUUCAAGCAAUUUUAAGGUUCUCGCUGGCCCUCAAAGGGAAACGCCUGGUAUCACCAGAGGAAAAAAAGACAAAAAAAAGAUAUUUUUUUGAAAAUACGUCAGUUGUGGAGGUGAAACGGUUGUCUGUGUCCAGUGUUUUUUCCUUCUUCUUUUUUAGGUUGCUGCUCAUUAGAUCCAUACUGAAAACAUGCAUUAGUGGAAAAACUGACAAAUGCCUGGCUGCAUUUUACUGAUCGAGUAGCUACACAAAGUCUGAAGGAACAAACUAUGAAUUAUCGGCUCUCACUCUGGUGUGGUUCUGUCAUGUUGGCAUGACUUUUCAGCUCAUUCCAAAUUUCUUUUGCUGACUAUGAUAGUACUUGUCAUUGUUACCAUUUUUUAAGAGUAUCUAUUUUUUUUUUAAUCCAAAAAGGCACAAAGUUAUAUGUUUUUAAACAGAAAUGUUUUCAGUUGACCAGUUUAAAUGUAAGAAAUUUGGCUCAGCAUAACUCACUAGUACUCUAGACCACAUCUGGAAACUGUCAGUAUCAUUAUUAAACCGUUUUCAGAGG